AUGGCCAGACUACCCAGACCAAGUCUCGAACCGCGAUUAGAGGACCACGGCAAAAUAAUUGUCGAUGAAUACUCCAUCAUCCGUGAUAAUUAUGCUGCGCCAAAAUACCCUGUCGUUCUCGCCCAUGGCUUGCUCGGGUUUGAUGAACUGCGCCUUGCUGGCCCAUAUCUACCCGGUGUCCAGUACUGGCGUGGAAUUAAAGAGGCAUUGAUGGCGCGAGGUAUUGACGUUAUCACGGCGACAGUGCCCCCGUCGGGCUCUAUUGAGGCGCGGGCUGAACAAUUGGCCCGAAAUAUCGAGGCCGAGGCUCAAGGGAAAGAUGUUAAUAUCAUUGCGCAUAGCAUGCUUUUCAUUCGCCUUCCUGCUAACUGUCUAGCAGGCUCAUCUGUGGCGGACUACGUACUUGAUCAAAUUGGAGCCGAUCGACUACCUCAGAUCUAUUAUGCCCUUAAUCGACUCAGUGUCGAGACAGGUGCAUUCUCUCAACUAACACGAAAAUACAUGACCGAGACCUUCAACCCCAAUACCCCAGAUAUGGAUGAUGUCAGAUAUUUCUCCUACGGAGCAGCAGUGGAGCCAAGUAUAUGGUCUGCCUUUCGGCUCUCGCACCGAGUACUUGCCGAGAUCGAAGGACCCAAUGACGGCCUAGUCAGUGUGUCUAGUAGCCGGUGGGGAGGCGAUGCAGGAUACAAAGGAACCCUUAUGGGCGUGAGUCACCUGGACCUGAUCAACUGGACCAACCGGCUUAAGUGGCUAGUCGGGGAAGUAACAGGCAACAAACGAAAGUUUAACGCCAUUGCAUUUUACUUGGACAUCGCAGACAUGCUAGCAAAAGAGGGACUUUAA